UUGAAUUGACUUUUUUGGUUUGGUUGGUUGAAAUUGUAAUUUGUAACUUUUUGUUUUUUAUACAAAUAUUUUAUAACAUCUCAUGAACAGUAAUCAUAAAUUUAAUAAGCACACUAGGUUUAGUUAAGUGUAAAAAUACUUAUAAUUCUUUUUAAAGAUUUACGACAAAAGUGAAUAUCAAGGUUCAAUUUUAUGUUGUGAAUUUUACAUAACAAACCGGCUCCGUCAUGAGAGUUUAUUUGCUAAAGACCCUUGCAAAUGUCGUCGGUAGGAGAUGUUACUCUGCAGCGAGCUACAAGAAGGUCACUCACUGUAUAUUCGAUAUGGAUGGGUUAUUACUUGGUGAGCAUUGGGCAGUCGACCUUUCCUAUUGUAGUCAAUGCUAAUGAAAUACAAGAUACAGAACAAGUGUACAAGAAAAUGAUCACCCAAAUUUGUGCCAAAUACGGCCAUGAGUACACCACAGAGCUCAUGAUGAAAGUGCUGGGGGGCACAGAGCAAAGGUUGUCCGAGAUCCUGUGCAAGGAGUUACAGCUGCCAAUCACGCCGAAGGAGUUCCGAAACCAAUUGUUGGACUUGGGAGAUACUAUGUUAGCCGGGACACCCCUUUUGGAUGGUGCUGAAAGAUUAAUACGUCAUCUACAUAAAACGAAAGUGCCUUUCGCGCUCGCUACGUCUUCCAGCGAACGCUCCGUCCACACUAAGGUCGCCGCUCAUAAGGAACUGUUCUCGUACUUCCACCACAUGGUCAUGGGCAGCACAGACAAGGAAGUCAAGUUUGGGAAACCCCACCCGGAUAUAUUCUUGGUGGCCGCUUCUAGAUUCCCGGAUAAGCCUGAUCCAUCUAAGUGUUUGGUAUUCGAAGAUUCUCCGCACGGUGUGACGGCAGGAAUUGAUGCUGGCAUGCAAGUAGUGAUGGUGCCUGACCCCCACCUGGACAGGCGGCUAACCAAUCACGCGACGAUAGUGUUGCCAACAUUAGCGAAAUUCCAACCGGAGCUGUUCGGGUUGCCAGCUUUUCAGUGACGUUAGUUUAAGCGUAUUUAGUUGGUAAGUUUGUUGUGUUUUUGUUUGGUCGGAUCUGUAAAUUGACUCAAUUUACGUUAGUAAUGUUUAUAAAAAAUGUUUUGCUUAAGACAUCAUCACGAUUUUCAAAAUAACAGAGAUGGAUAAGUUCUCGUUGAUUGGACAAAAGUUAACAUUUAGAAAAUAAUUGUAUGCCAAUAUUUACUGAUAGUCUCAGUGAAGAGUUAUUUUCAUUAGGCAGUCUUUAUUUUGAGUGCAACAUUAAAAAUUUUAACAGGCAGCUUGUUUGGCCACCUAUUUUUUUUUAAAUCUUAUCCAGUAGCAUAAAAACAAUUUUUCUGAAUACUUUUACAGUAAAAUAACACUGUAAUACAGGGAGAUUGCAUUAUUUUGUAGUAUCACUGAAAUCUGAAUAAGAAAUUUACAUAACGGUGUUUUGUGUAAAUAAAUCUGUAAAUCUUAUGGCUAUGUACAAUGAUGACUGCAAUGAGCUUAUUGAAGGCCUAUAUAACCAAUGAUGUAAGCUGUAGUUAAUUGUGUAUUUUGUCAUUCAUUUUACUAAACUCAUUUAUUUAUUACAAGUUUCAUACCAUUAAUAAAUUGUAUCACCGAGAAUUUAGAAAGCAACCAUUUGUAAUAAACCACCAUGUGGGCCUUAUGAAUGUUUGUCUAGUUGUAGUAAGAAUAGCUGCCAUUAGUUUUUUAGAAUUUUACCCAUUGUUAUUGUUAUUUACAUUAAGAUUUUAAAAUAAAUUAUUAUUUUUA